ACCAGGUGGCGCCACCAUACUUUUCUACUAUUCAAAAAGACAGAGGAAGAAGCAGCUUCUGUUCUAUACGUGGAGCAGGUUUGUGUUUGACAUGGACUUCCUCAAGAGUCCGUUGGACAUGCUCAAAAGUCCAAUGGCCAUGGGUGUCGCCGUAGGACUGGGCUGCGGGCUCCUCGUAGGUUGGCAGCUGCACGCCUUCUUGGGUCCAUCACCCCGAUGUCGGAUAAGCUCUAUGGCGUCUGGCUCGAAUGAAGCCAUGGUGAUGGGGGAAGGAGGGAAUUUCAAAUUGACCCUGGUGGUUCGCAGCGACCUCAAGAUGGGCAAGGGGAAAGCGGCCAGCCAGUGCGCCCACGCCGCAGUGGCAGCCUACAAGCAGGUGCAGCGCAGGAACCCCGAGCUUCUCAAGAUGUGGGAGUACUGCGGCCAGCCCAAAGUGGUGGUGAAGGCCCCAGACGAGGACACCCUGAUUCAACUCCUGGGGCUCGCUAAGGAGAUGAUGCUGCCCGUCAGCCUGAUCAAGGAUGCAGGCAGGACACAAAUUGCCCCCGGCUCCUGCACGGUGCUCGGUAUCGGUCCUGGUCCGUCUGAGCUCAUUGACACUGUCAGUGGAGAUUUGAAGCUUUACUAAAGCUCUUCACAUCAAUGUCCUGGAUACAGCUUCCUCUACUAAAACUUGUGAAUGGGUAUUCAAAGGAAAUGCGAUUACAUUGCCUGUCACAAUAUAUCAGUGGCAAAGAUAGAUGAUCAAAGAUGCAUUAUUUUUAGUCAUCAUCCAGACGAAUAAAGUGGAAUUGGUCAAUGUCGAAUGGCA